UUAGUUCUUCAGCUGCGCCCGCGAAGACCACCACUCUCUGCGGUGCACGUCCAUCGACGUCAAAUCGAAUCCAAGAAGUGUGUGUAAAGUGCGCCGUUACUACACACACGCAGCCAGCAGCAGUUCUUGUAAUUCUGUUGCGGUUGACGGAAACAGCCCUUCGCCCUUUCUAUUACAUAUUUGCCGGCGGUCGAUUGUGAAUGUGUUUGUGGUGACUAUACUCAAUUAAUUAACCUGUGUGGCAGUGUGCAAUUUUGUCUAGUAUACUUUUUCUAUAUUAGAACUUAUCGUAUUUGGAAUUUUAUUGAAAGCUGUUUUGUAAUAGGGCUUAACUGCGUAAUGGAAGGUUUUCAAAUCCUAGAAGCAACGGAAGCACCUUCCUAAAUAAUGAUGUAAAAGACGCAACGCCGCCGAUCCGGAUCUUCCAGAUGUUCCCUUUAAAACCUCGCGAGCAUCAGUUCAACUUUAGAACUUCCACGAAUAGCAACUUCGGUUCGACGAAUCGCCAAUUAGAUAAUGUAAGCCAGUAGUGAUGUAUCGCCGCCGCUCGAUAAUGCUCACAUUGUUAUUGUUCCUGUUGUUGUUUACUGCCAGUGUGGUCUCAUACCCCGCGUCUACCCCAUUAAACCAGAGACACCAGGAAAUUUCUUGGGAAGCCUGGCUACUUAUAGAUGAUCAAAAUCAGGCUACUAUUGGGACUGGAAGUGGGACUCCUCCAAGAAGAAGAAUCACACCGAAAAGUGUUUUUGUUGCUCAGCCUUUUUCACCUGAGAAUUUACCUCCAUGUGCCGAAGGGUAUAGCUCUGACGAGAAGGAACGUUGUGUGAAAAUAAUUAAACUAGACAAUGAUAAACAUUUAGAUUUUUUGGUUAGCAAACUGAAUGACCAGUUUGGAAGUUCUUUUGAUUAUGACACUAUGUUGGACGAAUCGGGGCAGGAACCCACUAGAGUAGAUAUUCCUUUGAACCUGGAUGAAGGAUAUAGUAACGACACCCCUCAAGGUGACUUAGAGAUGGCAAUCAUUGUUACGCCGACAACAAAAGAAAGUAUAAGGAAAAGAGAUCAAGAACAGUUGAUUUACGAAGAGGAGUUAAAGAAGCUUGCCAAUACGAAGUAUGAGUAUACGACCUAUCGAGAGAGUGAUUCAGAACGAAGAAGAGAAGAAAGAACUACUACAGAAAAUAAUGGAGAGACAACAACAUCUGAGAACGAAGAUUUUACAAUACAGUUGGGGAAUCGAUUUGGAGCUGUUGAUGAGGAUUUGACCACUACACAAACAAAAACUGAAAGUGAAGAUUUGACUACAUCAACUGAAUCAGUUCCGGAAACCACUACACUUAAAAUAGCCGAUAGGACAGAGUUCAUCGACAUACCGAUUACAACAACUCCUCCUUCCUCAGAUGCUACUACUAUUAUGGAGGGUAAUAUUGCAGAACUUCCUAGCAGUACAAUAUCUACUACUGGUUCAAGUUCUACUAGUACGGAAACUACGACGGAGCCAUUGUUGGUCGAUAUAACCACGCCGCCUUCAACAACUACUACACCGAUAAAAAUCACCACAUACCACCCUGUGGCAACGACUUACCAUCCUCAAUUUGACUUUAGCAAAAUGUCAAAGUCGAAAAAUCUAAUCAAAUUUCCGGAGGAAACUGUGGUAGUACCUAGAAGCCACAUGGACGGAAAUUACGUCAGAUUUCCCGAUGCAGAUGAUGUUAAAUAUCAAGAGGAAAGUUCUGGACCACAUACUAGAGACGUAAACAGUGAUACGGGGAAUUUCUUUAAUGAAAUUGUCACUCCGGAAUCAUCACAAGUGGUGAACGAAAGAGUUUUACCUCCCAAAGGGAAUAUUUACCCGAAAUUCUUUCCUUCUCAAAUAGAUCCAGUAUACACUGCCACUACAGAAAGAAAUUACGCAAAAAAACCUAAAGUGAGAAAGCCAUUGUCAUUUCAAAGGUUUUCUUCAGCGGAGGAGCGGCACAGGCCGAUCGUUUUAAGGUUUUCCCAAAAACAUUUUCAUUUCGACUUAAACAAGUUUAAAAAUAGUGAAUUUUACAGGUCUGUACCGAUGGAUGACCUGACUUAUUUAUUCGGAUAUAAACAGGGACAAAGGUAAUACACAUAAACAUAUUUAUAUCAUUAUAUUGUCGUAGAUUUUUUGUGUACAUAUAGAUUAUGUUAUUAUUAUAAUAUUAUUUAUUUUCUUAGAUGUCGUGGCCUGUUAUUUGUUUUUUCUUAUUUUGGUAUUGCAUAAAAUGUCUGUAAGAUAUAAUCUUUUGCAUGUUUUUUUUCAAUUUUUACCUACUUUUUUUAUCUUUACUUACAAAAGUGUAUUUUUUACGAAUUAUAAUUAUUUUAUAUUGAAAAUAUUACCUUCUUCUGUUGACCAAUAGAGAAGUAAGUCCCGAAAUAAUUUGCAUGAUAAUUUAUAAUUUUUUAUAGACGUUUUAUGCAACCAGUAAUAAUUGUUGUGUAAAUAAAAAUGUAGAUUUGGUAUAUAACUUAGUUAUUUAUAUGUAUUAUAGUAUAGAAUAGUUAUUUUUUAUUUAAUUACCCUUGUAGUAAAACCAAUAGUAGAGUGAUCCAAUAAUGUGACAUAGUAAUGAAUAAAAUUUGAUUUAAUAUUCUUUAA